CCUAUUUUGUUUGCCAAACUCCGUAGAGCUUUCUGAUUAUGCCUUGUUUCUGUAUCUGUGGUAUUUACUGCUUUAUUUUAGCUGUAUAAAUUCUGGACAUGGCUGCCCCCCUUGAACUUUCUAAUGCCGAAGAAACAGGUGGUGGUGGUGGUGGUGGUGGUAGCAUGUCUGUGUCUGUGGGACGGGAGGCAGGGAUGGCUGUGCUACAGGGAACAAGAACUAGUACCAGAAAGAAUAUAGAUUUAUAGGGAUUGUUGCCAUAGAAAGGAAUCCUGGUGGUGCAUCGGUUAAGCACUUGCCUUACUAACAAGCUUACGAGACCAUCCGCCAGGGAAAGAGGAGGCUUCCUGCUUCCGUGAAGCUUAGAGCCAUGGAAACAUCUCUACCCCACCCUGUAGUGUUGCUGUAAGUAAGAGACGACUCCCUGGCCUCUGAAGGGGUGGAAGGAGAAAGCAUCCCCGCGAAGCAUAGCAAGUCCUUUGUGGAUACACUGUCCUGGGACUAAAAAUAGAAACUGUCAUUUCGCAGCUAUCAAAGCUUGAGUUUUCCGAACAUUUUUCUUCCAGGUUUAGGACUUCCCUGUCUCUACCUCCAACCAAAGAGCAAAGCUGUCACUCUUAGAACGGCUGCUUUCUUCCUCCAGCACUGUAUUCUCUCUCUAGUUCGAGGAAGGGCCUGCAGCUCUGUCCAACCAGGGAAGGAUUUCCUCAAUGGUUCCAUCUCCAUUCAGCUCUCUCCUUCCUGCCUUAUUCUCCACGGGACUCUUUUCUUCUUAUUUUGAGGCCUACUUAGAAGAUUUUGUUUCCUUGUUUUACUCUGCCACAAAUAGUCCCGGCAGGAAGUGGUAGAGUUUCAGUUCCCUGCUAGCCACAUUUGACUCACCCAACUCACCUUCUUUUUACCUGUCGUCUCGGCUUCACGCUACCUGGCCCUAGCAAGCCUUUCAGAGUAGUGGAAUCUUAGUCGCCAGUGGGAUAAGCACACAUUUUCUUUUCCUGCACUGUGGUGUUGUGUCUAACACCUCUGCAACGUCUGCCUCUCUUACAGCAAGAUGUGAGUGAAUUCACACAUAAGCUCCUGGACUGGCUGGAGGACGCGUUCCAGCUAGCUGUUAAUGUGAACGGUGCCAGCAGCAGUAGGUCCGAGAACCCGAUGGUGCAGCUAUUCUAUGGUACUUUCCUGACCGAAGGGGUUCGUGACGGAAAGCCCUUUUGUAACAAUGAGACCUUCGGCCAGUAUCCUCUUCAGGUAAACGGUUAUCGCAACCUAGACGAAUGUUUGGAAGGGGCCAUGGUGGAAGGUGACGUUGAUCCUUCUGAUCAUUCAGUGAAAUAUGGGCAAGAGUGUUGGUUUACAAAGCUACCUCCAGUGCUGACCUUUGAACUCUCAAGAUUUGAGUUCAAUCAAUCCCUUGGUCAGCCAGAGAAAAUUCACAAUAAGCUGGAAUUUCCUCAGAUCAUUUAUAUAGACAGGUACAUGUAUAGGAGCAAAGAGCUUAUUCGAAGUAAGAGAGAGAGUAUUCGAAAGUUGAAGGAAGAAAUAAAAGUUCUGCAGCAAAAACUGGAAAGGUAUGUGAAGUAUGGCUCCGGCCCAGCUCGGUUUCCUCUCCCGGACAUGUUAAAGUACGUGAUUGAAUUUGCUAGCACCAAACCUGCCUCAGAAAACUCUCCAUCUCAGAGGGACUCCAGGGUGGCACCACCACUGUCUUCACUGCACGGCCCGGUUUCUGACCAGACCUCCGAGACAAGUACAAAUGCAGAAAGCUCUUCUCAGGAUGUUGAACGUACCUUUUCUUCUCCUGAAGAUUCUCUGCUCAAGUCUAAGAUUAAGCCACUUGCAUCCUCUCGGUCCUCCACGGAGACACUCGCCCCGCCAGCUCCUCGAACAGUCACAGAGGAGGAGAUGAACUUUGUAAAGACCUGCCUCCAGAGAUGGCGGAGUGAGAUUGAGCAAGAUAUACAAGACUUAAAGAAUUGUAUCGAGAGCGCGACCCGGACUAUUGAGCAGAUGUACUGCGAUCCUCUGCUCCGUCAGGUGCCUUACCGCUUGCAUGCGGUUCUUGUUCACGAAGGACAAGCAAAUGCUGGACACUACUGGGCCUAUAUCUAUAAUCAACCCCGGCAAAUCUGGCUCAAGUACAACGACAUCUCUGUUACCGAAUCUUCCUGGGAAGAACUUGAAAGGGAUUCUUACGGGGGUCUGAGAAACGUCAGUGCUUACUGUCUGAUGUACAUUAAUGACCAGCUGCCCCACCACCAUGCAGAAUCGGGCCCCGAUGAGUCCGACCAGAUGCUGGAAGAGCUGGAGGCCCUGUCUGCGGAGCUGAAGCAUUACAUUCAGGAAGACAGCUGGAGGCUCGAGCAGGAAGUGGAGGAGUGGGAAGAAGAGCAGUCUUGCAAAAUGCCUCAGAUGGAUUCCUCCACCAGCUCCUCACCCCAGGCUUUCUCUCCGUCACCAGAGCCCUCGGUGGCCUCUUCUCACGGGGCUCGCUGUUUGUCAUCCGAGCAUGCUGUGAUAGCCAAGGAGCAGACGGCCCAGGCCAUUGCUAACACGGCCCAAGCCUACGAGAAGAGUGGUGUGGAAGCAGCCUUGAGUGAGCUCAAGGAAGCUGAAGCUAAGGAGCCCAGGCCUCAGGAAUCAAAGCUUGCAGAACAGUCAGACCAGCCCCCACAGGUUAAUGAAGCAGAGCCCGCUGCCCAGCCUAACUCUGAGGUCUCGGAAGUCGAGAUUCCCAGUGUGGGAAGGAUUCUGGUUAGAUCUGAUGCAGAUGGAUAUGAUGAGGAGGUGAUGCUGAGCCCUGCCAUGCAAGGGGUCAUCCUGGCCAUAGCUAAAGCCCGCCAGACUUUUGACCGGGAUGGGUCUGAAGCAGGGCUCAUCAAGGCAUUCCACGAAGAAUACUCCAGGCUCUAUCAGCUGGCCAAGGAAACACCCACCUCUCACAGCGAUCCUCGCCUUCAGCAUGUCCUGGUCUACUUUUUCCAAAAUGAAGCCCCCAAAAGGGUGGUGGAGCGGACCCUUUUGGAGCAGUUUGCAGAUAAAAAUCUCAGCUAUGAUGAAAGGUCAAUCCGUAUCAUGAAGGUGGCUCAGGCUAAACUGAAGGAAAUCGGUCCGGAGGACAUGAACAUGGAGGAGUACAAGAAGUGGCAUGAAGAUUACAGUUUGUUUCGGAAGGUGUCUGUGUACCUCCUCACAGGCCUGGAACUCUAUCAGAAAGGGAAGUACCAAGAGGCGCUGUCGUACCUGGUGUACGCGUACCAGAGCAACGCCGCCCUGCUGACGAAGGGGCCCCUCCGGGGGGUGAAGGAGUCCGUCAUUGCCCUGUACCGAAGAAAAUGCCUGCUAGAGCUGAAUGCCGAAGCAGCGUCUCUCUUUGAGACCAACGAUGACCCCUCUGUCCUGGAGGGCAUCAGUGUCAUGAACGAGCUGAUCAUCCCUUGCAUUCACCUAAUCAUUAAUAAUGACAUCUCCAAGGACGACCUGGAUGCCAUCGAGGUCAUGAGAAACCAUUGGUGCUCUUACCUCGGGCAAGAUAUUGCAGAAAAUCUGCAGCUGUGCUUAGGGGAAUUUCUCCCAAGGCUUCUGGAUCCUUCCGCAGAAAUCAUUGUCUUGAAGGAGCCUCCGACGAUCCGACCCAACUCGCCCUAUGACCUCUGCAGCCGGUUUGCAGCCGUCAUGGAGUCAAUGCAGGGGGUGUCGACUGUGACGGUGAAGUAACCGCCGCGGGUUCAAGGCCCGCCCUGGCCUCUGACUGCCUGCCGUCACACAGAAUCCUGUUGUCACAGUGUUUCCCCUGGGAAAGGGAGCAGACAGACACUCAAGAACUGAGUUGAGACCCCAACCCUGCUGUGUGUGUGUUUAGGAUUAAAAAUAUAAAGUUGUGCACUUUUUAGGUACAGAAUUGUAAAGACUUUUCCUAGGAGAGGCAGGAACCGGUGUACUGAGCUAUGAAGAGGUGUCGAAAGACCCGAGAUGCCUCUGUGCCUAUCUACAAGAACGUUUGGGCUUGCCCACUUCUCGCGUCAGGCUUUUUACCCUGUCCUGCAGGUUGGCAGGAUUUUGACAGCAGGAUAGAAAAGUGAUCCAUCUUGAACGUGAGCCAGACGAGCAGCUACUAGUUAUCAAAUCAAAAACAGAUGGCAGGCCAUGUAACAACUGUCACCUGCAGGAGAGGAGCGAUCAGACCCGGCCUGGCUUGACAGGAGAUGACAAAAUCGGGGUGCUUGCCGAUGGAGCACCGUCCUCUCAUGCGUGUGCGGACAGUCAGGGCCAUGUGGCUGAGAGUUGAGAGCAUACUGUCUGUCUGUCUGUCUGUCUGUCUCGUUUCGCCGUUUCACGUCAACCAGAAAACCUCAUGCUCAAUCCUGAGUGAACGAAAGGAAAGCAUCCAGGGAGCCCUGCCAACAAGCAUUUUGAAACUUGACCCAGGUGGUGUCUGAAUAGCCGUUAACCAUCUCAGUGAAUUUCUCUAGCAUCUGGAAAUUGUCAAAAACCCAGUGUCGACGGCUGCUACUGGCCCAAGAGAACAUUUUGGCUCCUUUAAAAAAAAAUGCAGUGUGAGUUUAUAGAAAGCAAAAAAAAAAUGUGUGUGUGUGUGUGUGUGUCUGUGUCCAUGUGUCCAUGUAGACAGAGAAAGAUCCCAUUGGCUGUUUUCAAAAGCCUCCUGAUUGGGUACUAUGUUUUAACCAAAUUUUAGGCUUGAUGAAAGAAUUUGGGCGGGGGUGGGGGGGAGUUGGAGAACACUUACUAAAACUAUGCAGAUUUUAUAAAUGUGCAAUAAAAGGAUUUGUUUUGCU